AUGGACCUGGAGGCUAUUGUUGGCAAGGUCCAGAAUCUCUCGGAUCUCGAACUCGCAACCCUGCUGUGCCUAAUCGCAAAGCAACACUGCCUCAUUGAGGCCGAAGAAGACUUAGUUGAUGAUGUCGCCCAGGAACUUGCCCUGAUUGCAGUUGAUGUCUUCAACCUAUCGUACACUGUGCUCUCUCUCGAUGAUUAUGAGUCGAACGAGGCCUUCGGCAAUGCUAUUCUCGAUCAACGGUCCAGUCGUCUGGGCAGCCUUGAUGAGUCUGCAAAAAUAGCGGGCAACGUGCGUUCAUAUCCUCAGCAUCGAUUCGACAAUGUCGCUACGCAGGCCGAAUCGCUGGCGAAUUCCAGCGAUGCUAAUCUGGACACACGACACCUGGUAAAUGUCGUCAUUGCAAAGGACUUCAACUUUGCCUCCGAAGCCAUUCAGAUUCAAGCCCUUGAGCUCAUUCGCCAGAAGCACAGCUUCAGCCGGACAACGACUAACACUGCUCCUGAAGACUUUCUGUUCCUGCCACUGGUCUCAAGGUCUUCUGAAGGCAUGAGACUGAACAAGCACCUGGUACGAUUCGGAAACAUUGCACCAGUAUCCGGCUUACCAUUGCAGAUUGAUCGAAUCUUCAUCUCCCAUUAUCAUCAUCCUGAGGAUGGAUUUCCCAAUCUAGAAGAUAUCGAUGCCGAAGCUCUUUCUGAUGACCACUCUUCUUCCUCUUCUGUGCUACGGAAGACGCUUCCUCGGCAGGGUGCAGGUCAAGGAGGUAUUAGGCGGUUUGAAGGAGCGGAGAUUGAAAAAAUGCGGCAGCUAAGCCAGUCUACUAUGGUCUCUGCUGAGGUCAGGCGGUACUUGCAGGACGUCGUCGUCUUCCUUCGGUUGGAACGUGGUGUAGCUGGCGGCGUCUCACCAUCUGCUACGUCUCAGUUUGAAUUGUUGACAAAGUGUUUGGGAACUCUUCAUGGGUUGGAGUAUGCAACGCCUUCCUUGGUUGCACUGGCAGCAAGGAAGAUCUAUCCGCAUAGGCUGCUACUCUGUGCCCCGGAAAAGGAGAGGAGUAUGCAGUACGGGAGUGACUUAGAAGCUGUACGAGAGGCCAUGGAGGGGCUAACGGCAGACGAUAUCAUUGAAGCAGUCUUGAACAGUGUUGAAGUGCCAUUGUGA